CACAGCGACACACAGAAACAGGGCAAGAAGAGUUGGAGGAAGAGGGAGAAAAGAAGGAAAACGUUGCUCACACUCUCAGCUGAAGUUUUGAAGGAGAGCAGUUCCAGUUCCUUGCCAACUGCUUUCUUUUCCUCCUCUUUUCUGUGCAAGUUUUCUUUUUUUUCUUCCUUCCUUGGGAGUGAGUGGGAGUGCUGUGGUGUUCUUUGUGGGUCUGGGGGUGAGCAGAAGGGAAGAGGGACGGUGCUCAAUGAGAGACCACAGAAGCAGAAGCAGGAGCAGCAGCAAGAGGACUGAAUCGGUGGAGGAAAAGAAGAAGAAGAAGAAGGAGGAGAAGACUAAGGAAGGAGAACUCUGAGGAAUAUAAUGCCAGUGGAUGCUGAUAUAUCCAGUAUCAAAUUACACAAAAUGAGAAUGCAGCGGAAAAGCACUUCUGGAGCGCUCAUCCACCAUAGCAAGGAUGCCAGCUGCUAGCACGAUGACCGGUGGGAGGGCUCUUCUGCUCUGCACAAACACUGACAACUGCAUCUACCAAUCUGUCAACGGGCUCCAGUGCUGUGGCUUGAAGCUUGGGGAGGCUCCAACUGCUGUGCAGCCAGCGGCAGCAGAGUGUGGGGACGGGGACGGGGACGAGGAAGGGGACAGGGGAGGCCCGACUCAGGCCCGGCUCGCUCCCCCGGACCAUCGGACCAGCAGCACCACCACCAGCCCCCACCAGGGCGGCGACAUGCUCGCCCACAAGCGUUCCUCCAGCAUCGACGCGGCGCACACCGCUGCUGAGAACGGCCUCUCCGGCUGCGGCGGCAACAAGCUCUCCAAAACCCCCAUGGCAGCCAGGAGCAAGGCCAGCAUCCGGGAUAAGAUCUCCCAGUGGGAGGGCAAGACGGAGUCCACCCCCACUGCCGCCACCACCGUAAUGUCGGGCUCUUGCCCUGCGCCAGCGCCUGUGACGGUGUUGGGACAGAGGGAGGCGGACAGCACCAGGAGGAAGGACAGCAAAGGAGGCGCUGAGAUCCAGAGGAGAGACAGCAGCAAAGGAGGCGCUGAGAUCCAGAGGAGAGACAGCAGGAGGCUGGUCAGCUGGGAGAGACAGGACUCUGGCAAGGAGAACGGAGGGAAGACCAGCGACUCAAGGCCCAUGUCCCCCAUAGGGAAGACCAGUGACUCAAGGCCCAUGUCCCCCAUAGGGAGAACCAGUGACUCAAGGCCCAUGUCCCCCGUGGAGGGGUUUGCUAGGGAAAGGGACAGGGAAGUCGUACUGGACAAGGGACUACAUCGUGGUAAAAUGUCGGAGACGGCAGCCCAGGAUAAGAAAUCAGUUUUCACUCACAUUAAAAAACUGGAGCAAGCGAUGAAAGAGACGCCGAGUAAGCCUUCGAUAGUGUUGCCUGGCAACUACUUCUGCCCCCCGUCCAAGGAGGAACAGGCAGAGAUGGACAGGAAAGGGGCGGAGCCAAUUUUUGGGACACUGAAUGUAACUCGGUCCACGAGGAGUCGUCGCACCCGGGACGAAGACCCAGAGAACGUUUACACUGAGCCCGGGGCUCCAUCCAUCAACCCUGUCCCCAAACCCCAACGCACGUUUCAGCACCACACUCCUCCAGCCCGCACCCCUGGGUCUCUUGGUGGGUCGGUGAAAGGCAGACGUAACCUCCCCCCUCUCCCUUCAAUACCCCCUCCCCCCCUGCCCACGUGCCCACCUCCUGGGGUCUGCAGAAGACCCUGGGCAGACAGGCCCCGAGACACCAGCAACAGGAAGUCGUAUGAGUUUGAGGACCUGCUGCAGUCAUCCUCGGAGAGCGGAAGAGUGGACUGGUACGCACAGGCCAAGCUGACCCUCACACGCACUUUAUCGGAGGAGAACGUCUACGAGGACAUCCUAGGUACAGUACAGUGCAGCACAUCUAAUGUCUACGAGGACAUCCUAGGUACAGUACAGUGCAGCACAUCUAAUGUCUACGAGGACAUCCUAGGUACAGUACAGUGCAGCACAUCUAAUGUCUACGAGGACAUCCUAGAUCCACCAUCAAAAGAGAAUCCUUAUGAAGAUAUUGAGUUGGAGAGCCGUUGCCUUGGCAACAAGUGUCCCUUGCCAGUGUCACCUGCGUCCUCAAUCCCAGACACCCCAUCUAAGCAACUCCAGAGCAAACCUGGAUUCUUCCGUCAGAACUCAGAGCGUCGCAGCUUCAAGCUGCUGGAGCUUCGCAAGACCAAUCGUGACGUCAGCGGCAGCGGUGGCGGUGGCGGCAUCUCGUCCCCCUCCCGCGUCAGCCCCCCGUCCACCCCCAGCAGCCCCGACGACACCCCCAGCCUCUCCGGAGACCCCUACAACCGCAGGCGCAGGAAGAUCCCCAAGAUGGUGCUGAGGAUCAACGGCAUCUUCGAGGCGAGGAGGGGGAAGAAGAGGAUGAAGAGGGUCUCCCAGUCCACAGAGGCCAGCUCUGGAAGAGUGACGGACGAGAACAGCGAAUCAGAAAGUGACACUGAGGAGAAGCUGAAAGCUCACAGCCAGCGCCUGUCGUCAGUCCAGUCCAUGCUGAAGCAGACAGGUCGGUACCGCACGCUGGAGCGAGACCUGAUGGACUUGCAGGAGAGGAAGCUGUUUGAGUACUUCCUGGUCGUGGCGCUCCACAAGACCAAGGCUGGCGCCCCCUACCUGCCGGAGGUCACGCAGCAGUUCCCGCUCAAGCUGGAGAGGAGCUUCAAGUUCAUGAGGGAGGCUGAGGACCAGCUGAAGGUCAUCCCACAGUUCUGCUUCCCCGAUGCCAAGGACUGGAUACCUGUCGACCGCUUCCCCAGUGAGACCUUCUCAUUUGUCCUGACUGGUGAGGAUGGAAGUCGGAGAUUCGGUUACUGCCGGCGCCUGCUGCCGAGUGGCAAGGGUAGACGGCUGCCAGAGGUCUACUGCAUCGUGAGCCGUCUGGGCUGCUUUGACCUCUUCUCUAAGAUCCUGGAUGAGGUGGAGAAGAGGAGAGCCAUCUCCCCCGCGCUGGUGCAGCCCUUUAUGAGAGGCAUCAUGGAGGCCCCGUUCCCCGCCCCCGGACGCACCAUCACCGUCAAGAACUUCCUGCCCGGGGCCGGCACAGAGGUCAUUGAGCUGUGUCGGCCGUCGGACUCCCGUCUGGAGCAUGUGGACUUCGAGUGCCUCUUCUCCUCGCUCAGCCUGCGCCUCCUCCUGCGGGUCUUCGCCUCCCUCCUGCUGGAGCGACGAGUCAUCUUCACCGCCGACAAGCUCAGCACGCUGUCCCAGUGUUGCCAUGCGGUGGUGGCGCUGCUGUACCCCUUCACCUGGCAACAUACCUACAUCCCCGUGCUGCCGCCCGCCAUGAUGGACAUCGUCUGCACCCCCACACCCUUCAUAGUGGGACUGCUGUCCGGCUCACUGCCCCGCCUCAAAGAACUGCCCAUCGAGGAGGUUCUGGUAGUCGACCUUGGCAACAGCCGCUUCCUCAGACAGCUGGACGAUGAGGACUCCAUCCUGCCCCAUAAGCUCCAGGCUGCUCUAGAACACGUUCUGGACAAGAGGAAGGAGCUGGCGUUUGACAGAGCAGACCUGCCCAGCGAGUCCAACUCGUUGAGCACGGUGGUGUCGGAGGCCUUUGUCCGUUUCUUCGUGGAGAUCGUGGGCCACUACCCGCUCUUCAUGGGCGGUGGCGGCGGCGGUGGGGGUGGGGGUGGUGAUGACGACUCCACCUCGCCCUCCUCCUGCCCCUCCCCCACCCCCUCCUCCUUCCAGCGGGAGGCCUUCCGCAAGGCUGUCACCUCUAAGAGUCUGCGGCGGUUCCUGGAGGUGUUCAUGGAGACUCAGAUGUUCGCCGGCUUCCUGCAGGAGAGGGAGCAGCGACGCCAAGGCCUGAAAGGUCUGUUUGAGAUUCGGGCCCAAGACUACCUGGACUCACUGCCCUGGAGUGAGAACCGCGGCGUCAACAAGUUCCUGAAAGGCUUAGGGAGUAAAAUGAAAUUCCUCUCCAAGAAAUGAUGAUGGGUGCACCCGUCUGCAGAGAAGGACGAGGAGAAUGGAGGAGGAGAAUGGAUAUUCUGUGUGGUCAUCUGGCCAUUGGACUAAACUCUUCCUGGGGAGGCGAGAGUUUGUUGGGAGUGUUGGCAGGGCUAGACUGGGGGAGAAAUAGGGCCCGGGCACUUUUGGCUUGAAAGGGCCCCUAAUAAUUAGCAGCGCAGAACUGACUCACCGGUGGGCCCCGCACCCU